AGUCUCAGUGUUGAGCAGCAGAGCUUCAGCACUCACAGCUACAGGAUGGGAGCGUCGCCCAGUGUCCUGGAGGAAAACAAACACAAGUUCAUUAAAGAGUGGGUGCAGACAGAGCUUACAAACUUCGCACCAAUCUACAAGAAGCAGUACUCUUUGGCCUUUCUCUCCCAUAUUCAUGAUGAGUUGGUACAGCGCAAACAAGAACAUACUCAACUCCUUAAACAGCGGGAUGCCCCAGAGGAAGCAGUGGUGGUCUACCAGGAGUCUGUGCUCUGCUUUUAUGAUAACAAGAAAUGGAAGGAGAGGUUUGUGGUGGUCCGUGCCAGUUACUCUCUGGAGUGCCACGAGAGUUAUGAGACUUUUAUGAAAGGUAUGCCGUCACUGUAUAAGCUGCCAACUACAGGAGGCACUAUUCUGACCACAGAAGAGAAAUAUAUGGAAGUGGUAGACCGGUGCUUCCCUGACUCUGACAAUGUGAAAGAAGACUUUGCUCCCCCAAUGGUGGGAAUGCCAGGGCAGUUUCCAGUGUACCUCAGACUCCCAUACCAGAGAGACCACUACUUCUGUCUCCUACAGGAGGCCAAACACGCCAAGUUUAUCUCGGUGUUAUCUGACUGUAUUCGCCACCAGAAUCAAGACUUCUUAAAGAAGGAGAUGUAUGAAGUGAAGGCCUUCACCAAAGCCAUUCAGCUCUACAGGCAAGACAAGGGGUUAUAUGAACCAUGGGAUAUGAUGAUCGGCAAUGACGUACAGGUGCUGGCUAAUCUAACCAUGGAAGAACUGUUGCCAUGUCUAGAGAAAGACAUGUUUCCACGACUGAAGGCCAAGAAGACAGAGAGGAAGAGAAUGUGGUUUGCUACCAUCGAGGCAGCGUAUAACCUGGUGCAGGAGACUCUGACGGAAGGCAUGGUGGCUCUGAACAACGAGUGCUUAGAGACAACCGAGCAGCAGAGUACACUCAUGCGCUCAGAUAUGGAUCAGAUCAUGAGCUCUCGGGCCUUUUUGGAGAACAAGCUCAGAGCCACAGUAGCUGAGCUGGCAACUGAGUACUGCAAGCAGCACAUCGCCCCUCGUCUGCCUGCUGUGCUGGAGGAGAUAAUGGGACCCAUCAGCCUGGGCUUUGAGGAAGCACGACAGAUCAGUGAGCACAUGAUGGAGAACCUGUGUAGGAAAUAUCAGGAGGGCAUGACCGAAGAAGAGCUGCAACAGGCUUUGGGGGAGAUGAGUAAACCAGAUUUAAAGAGCUGUUAUGAGAAAGUAAGUUGCCUGAGGGAUCAGAUAAAAGAGUUCAACUACCCCAACUGUAGAGGACUGGAGCACAGCACACAGAUCGAUAUACAACAGCUCGUGGACAAUGUGGCAUAUACCUUUGGGAUGCUUCUGAACAGUUCUUCACAAGACAACAUCAACCUGGUAGAUGCCAUGGUAAAAGCCAAACAUAGGGUGCUAAAGCAAUAUGACUAUGACAGCAGUACACAGAGGAAGAAGAUUUUCCAAAAAGCUCUUCUCAGCAUUACUCUACCAAGUGUCCGAGCUUUUCUAGCUCCUACAUUCCAAAAGGAUCUGCCAGACUUUCAACAGUACAUAUUUGAUGAUUAUGUAAAUUUCAUUAAUGUGGAGAGCGUUUAUGAGGACAUAUUGGAACAGAUACUACAGGAGGACAUUAACAAAGUGGUAAAAGAAGCAGCAAGUAUGAAGAAGUACAACUUGUUCAUGGAGUCCAGGUACCGUAUGAGUCUUUCAACUCCCCCUGAAAGCCCAGACACCACCAACUCAUUGAAAAAAGUGUCUGAUCCUCUGCCAUCCUCUUCUUUGCUGAGUCAUGGCUUGAAGAAAGCUGGUGAAGAUCGAGUUGAGGCUGAGAAGAUAGUACAGCAGGAGCUAAUCACGGCCAAGCAAGACGAAUCUCAGGCUCAUGCACAACCAGAGAUUGUUAAAGUACCUGCUGGUGAAGACCGAAUUAAGGCUGAGAAGAUAGUGGAGCAGGUGGUAAUGAAAGCCAAGCAAGAAGACGAUCAGGCACAUGCGCAACCAGAGGUUGUUAAAGUAUCUGCUGGUGAAAACCAAAUUGAAGCUGAGAGGAUGGUGCAGCAGGAGGUAAUGACAGCCAAGCAAGAAGAUCCUCGGGUACAUGUGCAACCAGAGAUUGUUAAAGUAUCUGCUGGUGAAAACCAAAUUGAAGCUGAGAGGAUGGUGCAGCAGGAGGUAAUGACAGCCAAGCAAGAAGAUCCUCGGGUACAUGUGCAACCAGAGAUUGUUAAAGUAUCUGCUGGUGAAAACCAAAUUGAAGCUGAGAAGAUGGUGAAGCAGGAGUUAAUGACAGCCAAGCAAGAAGAUGAUCAGGUACAUGCGCAACCAGAGAUUGUUAAACACAAAGUGGAGGAAAAUGAAGUGCCUGUUAAUGCUGCAACUGAGAUAAAAGCCAGAGCUGAGACAUCUGGGACGUUUACAGUUGUGGAGGAGAUGCUGGUUGCCACUCAGAGUUUGGAGAAGAAAACAUACGCAAGCCCUCCAGAUGUAGUUGCUAUAACCACAGAGACCUUAGUCGACCCAUUUAUUUUGUCAAAUACAGAACUUGCUAAAACUAUUCCAAAGCUAAUGGAAAUCCAAGCCAGUGAGAUACCAGUCCAGGCUGGUCCUCCAGUGGGAGACAGAGGCUCAAUGGACCAAAAGCCACAGAUGGAAGAUCUCACAUUUGUCUCUGCAGAGAGUGAAACCAAAAGUGCUGCACAACAAACUGCUCCAGAAGUGCCAUGCUCUUCAAGUGUACAACCUCUUGAUGAAGAGCAAAGCAACAAUGCCAGUGGAGAUACCAAAGUUAGGGUGUAUGAUCUGACUUCUGUUGGAGCUCCAGCUUAUGAGGACAGAACACAAGACGGCAACGGGAUGCAAGAUUUUUCUGAUAAUUCAUCCUGGACCACAGAGGAGGAAGGAGAUAGCAUUGACGAUGAUGACGUAACAAUGGAUUCCACAAAAGCUAUCACUACUCCUGAGGACACGCUCAUCCUAAAAAGGGAAACCAAGAUCUCAGAUGUUAACAUGAACGUUACCAACAACUCUACAGAACCCAGGAGUGAUGCAGCCAGACCUUUAGACUGCAUCAAGGAAAUCCGAGAGCUUGUGGUGGAAGUGAUAGAAGUGGAGGAGGAGAUCCAGCACUGCCCUAAGCAUUAGGACCUCAGAUUGGGGACACGGCGAAGGAGAGCACUGUGUGUUAAAACGAGUGACACACUUUCUAAAUAAAUGGACAGGAUGAGGAGCUAAUAGCACUGCCAUGCCUUUACUGAUUUACUUAUUAAAACCAUUUGAGUAGUUUUUACUAUUUUGAGUAGUUUUUCGGGAGUGGUGCAAGGGGAAAGCAAAGUGGUUUUUUUUAGAUGUUUUAUUAUUGUUCAGGUGUGACUAAGGAACUAAGUUGCAGCUGCUGUUGAAUUUGUUUUUGCUGUUUUUUUAUGCCUUGUGCUCAUAAAAUUAUUUGUGUUAAAACCAGGAGGAAUAAAAAUGUCUCAAAAGUCA